AGAGUACUGCGCACACUGACGCCGAGAUGGUCUUUAAGCUGAUACGUCCCGCUCCACUCACGGAGCAGAAACGGUCCCGUGAUGGCUGCAUCUACCUCUACCGUGCCAUGAAGUUCAUUGGAUGGCUUCCCCCUAAGCAGGGGGUGCUCCGGUAUGUGUACCUCACCUGGACGCUCAUGACGUUCGUGUGGUGUACAACGUAUCUGCCGCUUGGCUUCCUUGGUAGCUACAUGACGCAGAUCAAGGCCUUCUCCCCGGGAGAAUUUCUCACUUCACUUCAGGUGUGCAUUAAUGCCUACGGCUCCUCGGUAAAAGUGGCAAUCACAUACUCCAUGCUCUGGCGCCUGAUAAAGGCCAAGAACAUAUUGGACCAGCUAGACCUGCGCUGCACCGCCAUGGAGGAGCGCGAAAAGAUCCACCGAGUGGUGGCUCGCAGCAACCAUGCCUUUCUCAUCUUUACAUUUGUCUACUGCGGCUAUGCCGGCUCCACCUACCUGAGCUCGGUUUUAAGUGGGCGUCCGCCCUGGCAGCUGUACAAUCCCUUUAUUGAUUGGCAUGACGGCACACUCAAGCUCUGGGUGGCCUCCACUUUGGAGUACAUGGUGAUGUCAGGCGCCGUGCUACAGGAUCAACUGUCGGAUACGUAUCCGUUGAUCUACACCCUCAUCCUUCGCGCUCACUUGGACAUGCUAAGGGAGCGCAUUCGACGCCUCCGUUCCGACGGGAACCUGAGCGAGGCCGAGAGCUAUGAAGAGCUGGUCAAAUGCGUAAUGGACCACAAGCUAAUUCUAAGAUACUGCGCUAUCAUUAAACCAGUAAUCUCAGGGACCAUCUUCACACAGUUUCUGCUGAUCGGCCUGGUUUUGGGAUUGACGCUGAUCAAUGUAUUUUUCUUCUCAGACAUCUGGACGGGCAUCGCAUCCUUCAUGUUUGUCAUAACCAUUUUACUGCAGACGUUCCCCUUCUGCUACACAUGCAACCUCAUCAUGGAGGACUGCGAGUCCCUGACCCAUGCCAUUUUCCAGUCCAACUGGGUGGAUGCCAGUCGUCGCUACAAGACAACAUUACUGUAUUUUCUUCAAAACGUGCAGCAGCCUAUCGUUUUCAUUGCCGGCGGCAUCUUUCAGAUAUCCAUGAGUAGCAACAUAAGUGUGGCAAAGUUUGCUUUUUCCGUGAUAACCAUUACCAAGCAAAUGAAUAUAGCUGACAAAUUUAAGACGGACUAAGGUGAUACAUUUCGUAUCCUUUUUUGAAUCCUCUUCGCACCACCGUUAUUCCCCAAAUCGUGACCCCCACAAACAAUAUAUUUCCAAAACAUAUGCUUACAUUUAUUGACACUGUGGAAAGAGAGAUUCUUUCACUUUCUCUAAAUAAAGAGUUGUAGUAGGGAA